AUGGACAACACGUCCUUUGCGGAACCUCUCUCAGGCUCGAGGACCAUCCUCACCUCACCACAAUGGCUCCCCUACGCCCUAGCCCUCCUACUAGGCUACCCCCUACUCAUAAGAACCCUCCGCUACCAGCGCGUCAACAAUCUCCCAAAGAAAUACAACUACCCAACCCGCGAAUCCAUGGCCAACAUGACCGACGAAGAAGCCUUCCAGAUCCAAAAAGGAGUAGCGCAGCUCGAAUUUCCAUUCAUAUUCAUCAAGUCCCUACAAUUCGCCCUCUUUCGAACAUACGGUAUCCCUACAAUCUCAAAGCUCCUAACAAAAACCACUCAAUUCUCCAACCCCGCCACAGCUCUAAAACGCUACACAGACACAUCAACCCUUGUUCAAGAAAUGGUCGGUAACAGCCCGACCUCCUCGCGCGCAAUAACCUCAUUCGCACGCACGCGCUACCUCCACGCUGGAUACCGCGCUUCGGGCAAGAUCCUCGAACCAGACAUGCUGUACACGCUAGCUCUCUUCGCGCUGGAACCUAUCCGGUUCAUCGAGCGUUUCGAAUGGCGAAGUUUAAGUGACUUGGAGCGGUGUGCGAUAGGCACGUUCUGGAAGAGUGCAGGGGAUGCAUUGGGGGUUAGUUACGAUGCGUUGCCGUCUGGGCAGGGAUUCCGAGAUGGGAUUCAGUGGCUUGAGGAGCUUGAGACGUGGAGUUUGGAAUAUGAGAGGGAAUUUAUGGUCCCUGAUGUUAAUAAUCGGGAGACGGCAGAUCAGACCACUGCUAUUUUGGUUUAUAUGUUGCCUGCGUGGUUAUGUCCGGUUGGGCUGCAGUUUGUUUCGUUUAUGAUGGAUGAGAGGCUGAGAAGGGCUAUGAUGUAUGAUCCCCCGACAGCGUUCUUUAGUGCGCUAUUUUCGAGUCUUCUUAUGGUUCGAAAGCUGUUCUUGAGGUAUUUGGUCCCUCCGAGGCCUUAUUUCUUGCGGUAUAUUUCGUUCACGGAGGAGCCGGAUCAGAGUAAUCGCUUCUUUCUUACGCAGUGGGAGGCGGCGCCUUAUUAUGUCAAGCCGACUUUGUGGAAUCGUUGGGGCCCGAUGGCUUGGUUGACUUGGGCUCUGGGUCGACCUGUUCCUGGUGAUGAGGGAGAUAAGUUCUAUCCCUCUGGUUACACUAUACCAGAUGUUGGGCCAAAGCACUUCGAGGGGAAGGGAAAGAAGGAGUUGGAGGAGAUGAUGGAGCAAUUGAAGGAGUUCCGGACGGGGAAAUGUCCGUUCCAUUAA